AUGCUUGAAAAAGCACCCUCAAUCACUGCCCAUCCAGAUCAAGAAAAUGGCACUAUCACUUCCCUCUCGGAGAACCUCGAACUCGAUCGCUUGGGUUACAAACCUGAGCUACAGCGCAACCGCUCAGUGCUAACCCUCCUCUUCCAAACCCUCGCCAUAGCUGCAAUCCCGUAUGGCGAAGGCUCACCCCUCCUGUCCGCCAUCUAUGGAGGUGGACCACUAUCCAUCUUUGUAGGAUGGAUAGUCGUCUGUCUCUUAGACCAAUGCAUCGCCCUCUCCCUAGCAGAGCUAGCAUCACGCUACCCAACCUCCGCAGGGCCCUACUACUGGACGUUCCAGAUAUCCCGCGGCAACAAGACCACAAUCUCCUUCAUAAACGCCUGGAUCUGGCUAAUCGGCAACUGGACCAUAACACUCUCGGUCAACUUUGGCUUCGCAUCCCUAGUCUCAGCAACAAUAUCAAUGUACCACCCAACAUGGUCAGCAAACAGCUGGCAACUCCUCCUCAUAUUCUAUGCGGUCUGCCUCGGCUCCCUGAUUAUCUGCGUCUUCGCAAACAAAUACCUCCCGCAGGUCGACAUAGCCUGCGCAACCUGGACCGCCCUCACAAUCCUAAUCAUCCUAAUCGCCGUCUCAGUCAAAGCCUCAGCAGGCCGACACACCGCAUCCUAUACACUAUCGCACUACGACAAAUCCUUCGCAGGCUGGGGCGACUUCACCUUCUUCAUCGGUCUCCUGCCCGCAGCCUACACCUUCUCGGCAAUAGGAAUGAUCUCCUCAAUGGCCGAGGAAUGCAACAAGCCAGCAAUCAAAGUGCCCCGAGCAAUCGCCCUCUCCGUGCCCGUCGGCGGAACAGCCGGCCUAUUCUUCAUCCUACCCCUCUGCGCAACCCUCCCUCCGCUAGAAGACAUAAUCGCCGCGCCAGGCGGGCAAGCCCUACCCUACAUCCUCCACACAGUAAUGGGCAGUCCAGGCGGGGGUCUCGCACUAGUCUUCCUAGUGCUGGUAAUAACCCUCUUCUGCUCAAUUAGCAUCACAGUAGCGGCAUCCCGCUCAACCUGGGCGGUAGCGCGCGACGACGCAGUCCCGCUCUCAAAGAUCUGGGCAACAGUCCAUCCCAAACUAAACGUGCCCGUCUGGUCACUAGUCCUCUUAACAGCUAUCCAGAUGUUACUGGGAUUAAUUAACCUAGGGAGUACGAGUGCAUUCACGGCAUUUGUGUCUGUGGGUGUGAUUGCGCUCGCGGCUGCGUAUGCCAUUCCUAUCUUUUUGAGUCUGUGGCAUGGCAGGGAGGAGGUGCGGAAGGCGCCUUGGAAGGUGCCUGGGGGAAAUUAUGUUGGUAUUUUUGUUAAUAUGCUUGCGCUUGCUUGGAUUGCGUUUGAGUUGGUACUUUUUAGUAUGCCUACUGCUUUGCCGGUUACGGCUGUUUCGAUGAAUUAUGCUUCUGUUGUGUUUGUGGGCUUUAUGGCUAUUUCUGGGGUCUGGUUUCUGGUUUAUGCGAGGAAGUCUUAUAAGGGACCGCCCGAGUCGGAUGCUUUGAAUUAA